AUGGGACGGGAGGGGUGGGCGGCGGCGAUUGUUGGUAGUGUUGGACAAGAAUGGGAUGUCGAGAGGAGAUUUCGUGUGACGGAGGUUGCUUUGGCUAUUAUGUGGUGCUGCGCAUCUGCAUAUCUUUCAUAUUUCUUCGCAGACUGCAUGAUGUCUCGAUGGCUUCUAAACUACACUCCGCCAGCGGUUGUGAUCCGUCUCUUAACAACAAACGGCCUCAUAGCAUACAUAACAUCCUGGGUACUCUACUUAUCCGGCGCAUCCUCAGACCCGCGACUACUCCUACCAGCCUGGAUAUCCAUAACAACUUCCCUAACAUUCGUCUACCACGCAACCCAAAACCACGCCACAAUAAAACGAGAAACAGCAGCAUCCCUACUAGUUGUCUCAGUAGCAAGUUUCCUAAGCAUGUCCUCACUCCUCAUGCAACUCCACCUAACGCGCGAAAACGAACCCGAAGUCCCCGUCUUCGUUAUCACGCGCAAGCUAUGGGAUUGGGCCGUUGCAAUCUUCCUGCGUAUGCGCAUUGCAGAUGAGAGGGUUGUUGUUGGGGAAUUGUAG